UAGAGUGUCGCGGUUGACGACAGUUCCGUUCGACGCUUAGCCGCCGCUCUGGAGAAGGGUGGUGGUCUAUAAAUGGUCAAGAGACUCUGGGUUAGAGUAUCAGUUGCAGAGCUUCAAUCGUCUAGUUAACCACGCAGUGGCAGCCCAGUGAAGAUGAAAUUUUUUGCAAUUCUCAGCAUAUCGCUGGUAGCCAGCCAAAUUGUUAACGCCGAUGUUAGCCAUUUGUCCAACAAUCAGUAUCUACCACCCAGUCAACAUGCCUCCCACGGUUCGGACGAUACCGCUAUUGCGCCCUACCAACCACCAGCUCAACAACACGACCAGCAGCAACACCAACACCCACUGAAGAGUUUCUUGCCCAGUGGCAUUGAGAUUACCAGAUCAAUUCCUAUCGCUAGUUUUUCGAUAAGCAACACUGUUCCAACGCAAUCUCAUGCUCAAAGUGGAGCUGGCUCUUACAACUAUCAGGGACCACAAAACAACAACUAUCAGGCUCCUCAGAACAACAACUAUCAGGCACCACAGAAUAACUAUCAACCACAGCCUCAGCAACAGUCGGGACCUCAGCACUCUGCGGGACAACAAAAUGAUGGCUCAUACAACUACGGUUCGCCCGCACCAGCACCGGCCCCAGCACCAGCUCCAGUUCAACAAUCUUACGCUGUUCCUGCUCCAGCUCCAGCCCCUCAAAAUGAUGGCUCAUACAACUACGGUUCGCCCGCACCAGCACCGGCCCCAGCACCAGCUCCAGUCCAACAAUCUUAUGCUGCUCCUGCUCCAGCUCCAGCCCCUCAAAAUGAUGGCUCUUACAACUAUGGCUCACCUGCACCAGCUCCAGUCCAACAAUCUUACGCUGGUCCGGCCCCAGCUCCAGUACAACAAUCUUACGCUGCUCCUGCCCCAGCUCCAGCCCCUCAAAAUGAUGGAUCUUACAACUACGGUUCGCCUGCACCAGCCCCAGCACCGGCACCAGCUCCAGUGCAACAAUCUUACGCUGCUCCCGCUCCCGCUCCUCAUCAGCAUUCAGGACAGCAAAACGAUGGCUCUUAUAACUAUGGUUCGCCAGCGUCUGCACCAGCACCAGCUCCAGUCCAACAAUCUUAUGCCGCUCCAGCUCCGGCUCCGGCUCCAGCACCAGCUCCAGCUCCCCAAUAUAGUAACGGACAGCAAAAUGAUGGUUCUUACAAUUAUGGAUCUCCAGCACCAGCACCUGAGCAGCAUUCAUAUCCAGCUCCAGCUCCAGCUCUUCAAUACAGUUCUGGACAACAAAAUGAUGGCUCUUAUAACUACGGUUCCCCAGCACCAGCGCCUGAACAGCAAUCAUAUGCAGCCCCAGCUCCAGCACCGGCACCAGCACCCGCUCCAGCUCCAGCUCCAGCUCCACAACAACACGCACACCAACAAAAUGAUGGAUCCUAUAACUAUGGUUCACCAGCACCAGCUCCAGUCCACCAAUCACAGUUAUCAGGGCCAUCAUAUCCUUCUGCACCCGCUCCAGCUGCACCUUCAUACUCGGCUCCACCUCAACAAUCUUAUUCAGCUCCAGCGGCACCUUCUAACGAAUAUCUGCCACCAGCAUCAGCUCCUGCCCCAGCUCCAGAGCAAGAUCACUACUCAGCUCCAGCUCCAGCACCUCAAGUUUCCAACGAAUACUUGCCUCCAGCACCACAGCCACGUAGCUACAACGCCCCAUCACAACAAUCUUACUCUGGACCUGCUCAGCAGAAUUAUGCAGCCCCAGCCCCACAAGUUUCAAACGAGUACCUUCCACCUGCAUCAGCACCAGCACCACAAAGUUAUUCAUCUCCGCAGCAGGAAAGUCACGGACAGCACCAAUCUGGUGGAGAUGAUUUAAGCCAUACUGUUGUACAAACAUCUUCUGGUUAUCAGGGAGAAAACCAUGCUGCAGCUCCAUCACCAAACCAGCAAUCAUACGAAGCUCCUGCCCCUGCCCCUGCUCCUGAGUAUUUACCACCACAGCAAUCGUACUCUGCUCCACCUCAACAACACUACUCUGCUCCACCUCAACAAUCUUACUCGGGUCCAGCUCAGCAGUCGUACUCAGCUCCAGCUCAACAAUCGCAUUCUGAGCCUGCUCCUGCGCCAGUAAAUCAGCAAUACUUACCUCCUACGCCUGUACAACAAUCACUUUUCACCCCAGCACAGGGUAACCAAGGCUAUUCCUCUCAUUCACACGGUCCUGCCCAACAAUCAUAUUCAGCACCAGCACAAGAGUCUUACUCUGCCCCAGCUCCUGCUCCAGCACCUGUUAGCAAUGAAUAUUUGCCACCAGCACCAGUAAAACAAGCUGCACCAGCCCCUGCACCAGCACCAGCACCAGCUCCAAGCCCAGUUAGUCAUCAAUCUUAUUCGGCACCAGCACCAGCUCCGGCUCCAGCGCCAGUUAGUAGAGAGUAUCUGCCUCCAUCGCAACAGCAACAAUCCCAUGCUGGCCCAGCACAACCACAAGUCAAUCAACAACCUUACACAGCUUCAUUCCCAGCUCCAGCACAACAGUCGUAUCCCUCUCCAGCUCCGGUUAACAAUGAAUAUCUACCACCUGUUUCAGCACCAGCACCAGCUGCUCCAUCUUACCAAGCCCCAGCAGCGCCUUCUUAUUCGCUUCCAGCGGCGCCUUCUUACUCGGCUCCAGCAGCACCAUCUUACUCCGCGCAAGCCGGUCCAUCUUACUCUGCUCCCGCUCCAGCUCCAGUUAGCCAAGAAUACUUGCCACCAGCAACACAGAGCUACUCGGCUCCAGCUCCAGCACCAGUGCAACAUAGCAGCCAUUCCGGUGGCGCCGUUUUAAGUCAAACUGUUGAGCAAACCUCUUCGGGCUACCAAUCCGGGAGUAAUUCUCAAAGCCAAUCGCCACAAUACGAGACUCCCUCUGCUCCAGCAGUGGCUCCACAAGCUGGUCCAAGCUUCCACGCCUCAUCGCAUGCAACGGCGGCGGAAGUCAGCAAUCAAGACUCUGGCACCGAAUACGGUAGCAACGUUGAGUGUAGCCAACCGUUAACGGAGAACCUAAAUAAAAUGAAAUUCUUUAUUGCUAUCACUUUUGCCGUUAUUGCCACCGUUGCUGGUGAUGCCAGCCACGUGGCCAAUACCUACUUGCCACCAUCAGCUGCUGCUAGCUCCAUUUCUUCUGAGUACCUGCCACCAAGCUACUCGUCUGCUGCAUCGGCUCCAGCUCCCAGUGUGAUCUAUGCCGCACCAUCAUCAGUCUCCUACUCAGCACAAAGACCAGCACCCGCUGCAUCAGUUCAGAGAGUUUCAUACGCCGCACCAGCUCAAUCUUAUUCAGCUCCAGCUCGUUCAUUCUCCUCAUACUCAGCUCCAGUUGCUGCUGCUUCUGCUCCAGUUUCCUACUCAGCUCCAGCUGUCUCCUACUCCGCACCAGCUGCCUCAUACUCCGCUCCAGCUCGUUCAUUCUCCUCAUACUCAGCUCCAGUUGCUGCUGCUUCUGCUCCAGUUUCGUACUCAGCUCCAGCUGUCUCCUACUCCGCACCAGCUGCCUCAUACUCCGCUCCAGCUCGUUCCUUCUCCUCGUACUCAGCUCCAGUUGCUGCUGCUUCUGCUCCAGUUUCCUACUCAGCUCCAGCUGUCUCCUACUCCGCACCAGCUGCCUCAUACUCCGCUCCAGCUCGUUCCUUCUCCUCAUACUCAGCUCCAGUUGCUGCUGCUUCUGCUCCAGUUUCCUACUCCGCUCCAGCUGUCUCCUACUCCGCACCAGCUGCCUCAUACUCCGCUCCAGCUCGUUCCUUCUCCUCAUACUCAGCUCCAGUUGCUGCUGCUUCUGCUCCAGUUUCCUACUCCGCUCCAGCUGUCUCAUACUCCGCUCCAGCUGCCUCAUACUCCGCACCAGCUGCCUCAUACUCCGCUCCAGUUGCUUCCGCUUCAUACUCCGUACCUUCAUACUCCGGUGUUGAUACCGCCUACGGUGCCAACGGUGGCUACAUCUACCGCAAACGUCGUUAGGAUAUCAAGCUCAUUGAUUAACAUAUAUAUAUAUAUAUUUGGAUAUCUUAUUAUAUGUGUAGUAUGGAAUGACGAAAUGAUAACGAAAUAAAAACUCAUUUGAAUUAAUUUCGAUAGAAAAAUA